AAGCUCUCUGGGUAGUUAUGUGAUUUGUAGUUGUCAUGGCGGCUGAUAGUGAUGGUGAUUUGAUUGAGACGGUGGUAACGUGUGAGGGAGACCUAGAAGAUCCUGAAUUUCCACAUAAGUUUAAAAUUAUUGUUAAUCGUCUUAAAUCUUUGCUUUGCAAGGACAAGGGAGAUGGUUUAAAGGUAAAUAAGGUAGAGCCAUGGAAUUCUGUUAGAGUCACAUUUUCAAUACCCAGAGAAGCUGCGCUACGUCUUAGAGAAUUAGCAGCUCAGGGUUCUCCAACACUUACACAGCUUGGCAUUCUUUCAGUGCAGGUUGAAGGAGAUCAGGUAAUAUCACUGAGGAUAGCCAACCGCUUUAGUGGAGAAGCACAAGAAAUUGUGUUACAUUCAGGACCCUCGCAAGACAGUGGUGCCAAAUCUCAAAAUGAACCCACUAGCAAUACAGCUAAUGUUGAAGGUGAUUCUCAAACAGCUUCACCUGGUCCAAGCAAUACAUCUAGCAUUUCUUCAGCCUUACGUAAUGUGGCUCAAAUAAUAGCGACUGGUACAUCAUCUGAAAAAGCUCCACAGUUUCGUUCUCCAAAUGUAGUUGCGCCUACAGAUUGUGAUCCCAUCCCACCAUUUCUUGCAAAAUCCGUACAGUCGACAUCAGGCAAUAACAAUGUUGGUGCCUCUGGAAACCAGCCAGUGACUAACCCAAGUGCUUCGCCUAGGAAUAAUUAUAAUGGUCCAUUCCCAUUUGCCAGUAUGACACAUGCUGCCCAAGCAAUACACAGUCGUGAAUCACAGGCAACAACAAUUAAAAAUGCUAUGCAAUUCAAACAUCAUGUGCAACCACCUCCACCGUAUCCUGCUCAAGAGAACUUGGGAACAGUAACAGCAUUAACGACUGGUCAUACUACCACACAAUCGGUCGCAUCACUUGGUCAGUUAGCAAAUCAGUACAAGUCUACAAUUACUACAACAUCUAGUCUGUCACCAAACAAUAAUAAUCUGACAGGGAAUUCAAAUAGUAAUGGAACUCAAGUUGCUUUGUCCAGUCCACUUCUUGUAAAUCUUCUUCAAAAUGAUGCUGGCACACAUCCGAAUAAUGUGAUACCUGGCCAGAAAAUGUUACCACCAGCUGUUAUCGAUAGUUCUGGACUCGCUAAUCGCAUAAGACCUACUAAAAAACCAACAGUGAGAAGGAAAGACUUAUCUUCCCCCGGUGAAUCGCCGCCAAACUUGGAUUCACUUAGAACAGAAGACCUUAUUGGAGGGGGAGCAGUCAUUUCUGACUUAUCUCAAACUGCUACAUCUGCAUUUGCAACUGUUAAUGUUAACCAACCCUCAACUAUUCCGCAACAACAUGCAGUUAAUGUCAUUGGUGGAAUUGGGCAAACUAUGACGCAACAAGUAGUGCAUCAAGCCUCUAGUACAGGACAAAUGCAACAAUCUACAUCAUCGAUGCAUGGUCAAGUACAAAUACAGCAAAAGUUUCCCAUUAGACAAGAGUUGGCAUACAGACCUACGCAGGUGCAAUUGCAAGGUCAACUUCCAAUUAGGCAUCCAGUUAAUGGGCAGCAAAUUCGAACACCAUUGCAGCAACGACAAUUGCUACUUCAGCAGCAGCAACAGCAUCAAGUUUUAACUCAGCAACAGCAACAGAAUAUAAAUGCUUCGCAAUUGCUUACACAACAAACGACAACACAGCAACCAACGUUGGUACAACAGCAAAAUGUAAAUACAUCGUUACAGUCUACAUCUGUUUCCAAUCAGCCAUUAUUACAACAACAGCAGAUAGUGCAGCACUCAACGGUAAAUUUGAAUGUUCCACAACAGCGGCUAAGUUACUUAAACAACCAACGGCAACAAACUCCUCCUCCUUAUACAAGACAACCGGUUCCACCGCAGUCCCAUUUAGGACAACAAAAUCAAGCGUUAAACGUGCAACAACAGUUACACCAUAACCAACUUAAAAAUAUAAAUGUUAAUACUAAUACGACGACCGAUUUUCGGUACGGGCAAAGUCAGAAUAUUCUCAGCAGAAAUUAUCAGGCUGCAGCUAGUAGCGCUAAUGGGACCACGUGGAACGCACAAAGUAAUACAAUUCUACAAGGUGCUCAGGUCAAUACUGCGCGUAUGCCAACUACAAAUCAAGUUUCAGGUGCCUUUUCUCAGUGUGGAUCUCAUCCCAAUCACGUUUCUAAUAAUAAUGUCGUUUCACCUGCUACGAAGGUUGAAGCAUCUGAAUCUCCUAAGGCUGAAGAAGAAGCACCUGAACCAGAAUACACGUCGACUGGUAAAAUACGGCAAUUUCUCAUCAACCCUUUAACCGGACAUCUGGAACCAAUGCCUAGCGAGAGUUCAGAUUCAGAGCCAGAAAGUGCAGUAGAUAAUCAAGAUGAUUUCUUUUCUUUUCCAUCACCAUCGAAUGACCGAUCAAACUCCAUAUUUUCGGACGACGAUGCAGACAGCAAUUUUUCAAGAAGAAAUGACACAACAACAAACACAGAUCAAUCGGAUUCUGAGACGACAGUGAAGUCUACUGCUAGCGAAGGAAGCUUAAAACAUAGUAGAAUAAAAUCUAGCAGAGAAACCACUCAAAGUCCGAUGCCUGGAGAAAAAAUCAAACUGAGACUAAAAUUAGAGAAAUCGGAACCUGUUACACAAGCUUAUAAAGUCGACGUCUCUUUCGUGAAUACGCCACCAAUUAGGAAAGCUGAUAAAUCAGUAAACAAAAUGUUUACCACUGGUAUUCCUAACUCAGGAACUGGUGAUGAACCAAGAGUGCCUCCGUUACACAUUUCCUUAAGAGGGCGUAAUGCUUCGGUAGUACAAAUCAGAAAGAAAGAAAAGAAACCACUGAAAGAUGGCGAAUCUAAUCCGACUAGUAUAAAAAGGCGAGGGAAGCUAAAGAAAAUGGAGUGUAUAGAUGGGAACAAGCUAUUGCAGAAAAAAUCAUCCUUAAGUAUGAUUAUAGGUACUUCAUCCGCGUCUAAAUUACCUUUGUCCAAUUUUACGAUGAUUAACAGCGCUAAUACUGUUUGCAAAGUCAACAAUAUACUUCAAACAGUUGUAUCAAAACCUAAUGCCUUAAAGCAAGAAUUACCAGUAGAUGUACGCGUUCAAAGUGGCAUCACGAAACCAAGUUCAAGUAAAAGCAGCGACGUCGAUGAUAUACCGUUAAACAGUAGAAUACCGUCUCCCUCGAAACACAAGUCCGCUGUUUUGAAUCAACCAUUGAAUACACAACAGUCUUUAACAAAAAAUCAAGUGGAAAUGGACAUUCAAAACCAUAUGCAAGAACAUAAAAUAGGAGGAGGGAAAACCAAAAGAAGAGACUCUAAAAAGAAGUCAGAGUCAGGGGAUGGCUUACAUCGUGAACAAAACUUGUUGUCUGGUGGCAGAAUUCUGGAUAACCAAGCAAAGUGGAGAAAACUUAAUUACAAAGGUGAUUCAAGCCAAUCUGUGAGAAAGGUUGAUUCCCUUUUGGCUGGAAAUGAUUUCAACGCGGUCAAGAAAGUGGGGGAAAUUCGAAGAACAAGUGAUAGUGACAUUAAUAGGUCGGCAAUUGAAAAGAAUAAUACGUUGAAUGCCAUUGCUUCCAGAUUAACGGAAGUGAAUGGUGUGAAAAAGGAUUUAAUUAGUCAAGAAAAAAGAAGAAGAUUAAGUUUAAUGGAUGAAAAAGAUCUGCAUUUAGAAGAAUCUCAAGAUGCAGAAACUACACAUUUUAAUAGCCAGAAGAUUAUGCCUGAGUGUUCUACGUCUAAUGCAGUUCCAAACACAAACACAAAACCUACCUGCACUCCAGCAUUUGAAAAUGAUAAUCCUGGAGUAGUAUCUUCGAAUAUGCCUGCACAGAGUGAUUCAAAUUCAUCCGCCAAUCUGGAAAGCAAAGUAUCCGCACAUGUGGACACUGCUGUAAAGAGUGCACAAUCAUCAGUAAAUAGGUUAAUUUCUGGAAAAAAUAAAACAGAUGCAGAUAAUUGUAAGACAAAUUCUACUAUCACCACAAAAAGUCAGACUAUUAGUCAAAAGUUAAAAAACCACAUGGUUUCAAAGAGUGAUACAAAUGCCGCUAUCAACAGGCAUAAUAAAAUAGAACAUUUUAGUCAUAAAAGAGUGAUUCAGAAUCAUAUGAAACAAGUUGAUAGAUCCACAGUAGAAAAUAAGAUUGAUAAUACACAAAGAAUCAGUUUGUUAAAAACUACGCAAGCUUCUGUAACAGGAAACUCAGUGGACCAAGUUCCCAGAUCCCAAAGCAUUGAACUACCUUCCAACAAGGCAACUCUACCAAUUGGAGAAAUCAAUGUAACGGAAGUAAAAGUAAAGCAGAAAUUACUUGAAACUACGGUUCCAAUUGCAAUCGGGGUAGACGCAAGCACAGAAAGAGUCAGCAGCGGAGGAGGAGGUGAAGAUUCAGGGAUUGAAUCAAUGGACGCUCUUUCAGAGAAGUCACCAAAUCAAGGAGAAUCUCCUUUGCAUAGGCCAGCGACCGAAUCAGUAACACAAAGCAGCGCAAAGACUGCUGUUCAAGGGGAAUCUUCCCUUCCAACCACCAAUAAGAACGUGCCUUCCUCAACUAGUAGUAGUGAUAUGUGUUCAAAUUCUCAUUCGGAACUUAUGAAGUCCAGCGGCCCGCAAAGAUUAAGUCCUGUGUCUGUAGCGAAUUAUCUUGAAAAUCAUAUAAACCGCAAUAUAUCAAAUUCCAGUGAGCAAGACACGAAAGAUGUACCUAGUGAAAAAUCAGCUUCUUCGACAUCAAGAACUGGUGGACAUAGUGACUUGGUUGCUAGUUUAGAAGUGACUGACAAUGAAAAAAGUAUAUCCAAUCCAAUGGUUACAGGAUCGGUGACUAUCGUGACAACUUCUGUAGCCAGUAAUGUGGAUAGUGAUAACUUAUUGCAAUGUGCGCAGCAACAGACUAAUGACUUUUCUGAGAAAGACAGUUGUAGCAUUAAAUUAGAUGAUUCUGUUAACCAGCAUGAUCAGGGUAAGGCAAAUAUUAAACGUGAAGUGUCGCGGGGCCCAGAGAAUGCAUCCGAAGACAUUGUAAAAACAGUCAUAGACGGUAACAGUGCAAUUAGAUUAAGUGAUGAACCUCAUGGACAAAAUAAUAAUGGUGUGCCUGUAAUACAAAAUCAUAUUGCUUAUAGUAACGUAAAGACGGAAAUACUUGAUAAUACAAUUACAAAUGAGGCUAGCACGGUGGCAGACAGUUUAUGUUCCAAUAGUCAGAGUUUCAGUUCUGAAAUCAAAGUAGAGUCUAAAAUAAAUACAAAAGUUGAUGAUACAAGGCAAAACGAUCAAUCGGAAGCUUCGAAAAGCCCUAGCAUUUCUUUAAGCGCUACAUUGGUUAAGUUAGAACAAUGUUCCGAUCAAAACCAAAAAUCUAGUGUACAAAGUCAUCAACAAAUAUCAGUUAGAGAGCCUUCUAUGAAUCUUCAAAAAGUGACAGAUGAUUUGGUUAAAAAGAUUGUGAACGAUGCAAGUGAUAUAAGUAUAGGUAUUCAAUCACCUCUCGGUGAAGAUCCUCAGCCGAUUAGAAUUACUCCGCCAUUAUAUACAUACUCUAAUUCAGUAGUUUUACAACGAGACGAGACUCCAAGCCCCGCAGCGCAAAACCCAGAAGUCGAUUCCAGUGAUGUGGAACACGUGAAAAGGAAGCGUAGAAGAAAACAAGAAUUAGAGGGACGCCAAGAUGUCAUAUGCAUAGAGGAGAACGAUGAUGCACAAUUUGUAGAAAGGUUACACUCUAACAGUUCAGAUGAUUAUGUUAAACGACCGCCAAAGUCAUUAUUGGAACAACUUCUUAUAGAAAUUCCAAAUGAGACUAAUGAAAAAAGGUCUGUAAGAACUAGAUCGCAAAAAUUGAACAGUCCUGACAUCGUAAAAACUCCAAAAAGUAGUCCUCAUGGUCCUAAUAAAUUAGAAGAAAGACGCAGCAUAUCACCAUAUGCUAAAGCAAGCCCUAAGUUAGGAGUAUCCAAAUUAUCUCCUAAUACGACAAUAAAAGUGGGGAAAAGAAAACGUCAAGAAAGCGAAAGUUCUGUAGCAUCUAGUACUGCUGAUGAUCCACAACCAAGACCAGGGAAACGGAAAUGUUCAGAGAAUGCUGCAGAACUAAUUAAAGCUUGCAUGGGUGUAGAUGAAGCUGGUUCUUUAAAGAAACAAGUACCUGUGAAAGAAGAACAAUCGAAAAAAGGAUUCAACAUACUGGCCAAGACUAAGAAAGGUCCCAUUGUGGUAGAAGUAGAUUCGUCUGAUGAUGAACCGUUGAUUGAAUCUGUAGGAAAAGCAAGAAUGCGAUUAUCAGACGAAACAUCCGCUGCAUCUCCAAAGUCUAAAGAUCAAAAAACAAAUACAAGCACAACUGUUUCUGGCAGUCAAAUUAAUUCCAGUAAUAUAUCAAAUUUCAAUGCCAGUAAUAGAGUGCAAAGAGAGAGCCGUUUAUUAACCACCAAGCAACCCAGUACAACUGCGGUAGUUACUGCUGGAAAGGAAAGGCUGCGAGGUACUUCCGCAUCCAGUAAUGAAUCCUUAGGAGAAGUAACGACAAGAAGAUCUGUUCGACAGAAUACAGCAUCGCCACUAGCGACACCAGCAAGUAAUACAAGGGGUGCAACUAGAUCUACAGAAGAUAUUACGAGAAGAAAAACACGAAGUGGUGCUGUAACAGCUGAGGCAGCAGAGCAGGCAAAACGGAGGCGAAUAUCCCGAGAAAACAAAUGACCUUCGGGAAGUGACCUU